AAAUGUGUUCUUAGCCAUUGAAACGUAAAAUUAUAUUACUAUAGUUUAAACAAAAAAAUAUACAUAUAAGUGUAGUAAAUUUAAUACAUUUUUUUAUUAAUUAAAUAAUAUUCGAAUAAUAUAUAAAUAAAAAUGGUAUUUUGGACUUUGGCAGUGGGUUUUAUAUUAAUAAUAUGGUUGUUUAAAUUAAACAAAAAUUAUCAUAUUUUGGCAUUUUUUGCACCAAGAAUAAAAACUACAGAUGGUAGUCCAGUGGAAAAUAUUGCACCGCCUCUGCCGGGUAGAACUAUAUUUGGUAAUACUUUUGAUGUGGCUGGUUAUGACUAUGUGGCCACCUUUAAAUAUGCCCGCCAAAAUGCUGAACUAAUGAAAAAAACAUUCACUCAACAUGUUCUGGGCAAAACUAUUCUCAAUGUUAUUGAUGCCGACUUAUGGGAAAUUAUUGCUACCGAUACAAAACUAAUUAAAAAAGGUUUUGUCUAUGACUUUUUAGAACCAGCUCUUGGUGAGGGUUUGCUUAUUUCAACCGAUCAAAAAUGGCAUGCUAGACGUAAAAUGUUAACGCCCGCAUUUCAUUUCAAUAUCUUGGGACAAUUUGAGGAAAUAUUCAAAGAAGAAAGUCAAAAGUUUGUAAAGGAAUUGGAAAAUUUGAAUACCGAUGAGGUGUUAUUGGAUGAAGUUAUACCAAAACUAACUUUAAAUGUUGUAUGUGAAACUGCUCUGGGUGUUAAAUUGGAUAAUUGUUUAAAUGGCGAUGAGUAUCGUGAAAGUUUCAAAGUUUUCGAAGAAUGUUUUAAUAAACGUGUAAAUACGCCACAUUUGUUAGUUGAUUUCAUAUACAAACUGCUUGAGGAACAUAAAUAUACACCAGCGAUUAAAAUUGUUCACGACUUCUCCAGUGACAUAAUUAAGAAGAGAAGACAAUUAUUCCAAGAAGAGUUAAAUAAACAAGUCGAAGAGCAGUCCAUAGAAAAUGAUAAUUUUGAUUUCAAGAAAAAACGUUACGCCAUGUUGGAUACACUUUUGAGAGCCGAAAAAGAAGGUCUUAUCGAUCAUGCCGGCAUUUGCGAAGAAGUUGAUACAUUUAUGUUUGAGGGUUUCGAUACCACUUCUAUGGGUUUAACUUUUAGUCUUAUGAAUCUAUCGCUGUAUCCGGAAAUGCAAGAACGUUGUUAUCAGGAAAUCAUCGAUAAUAUUGAUGAUUUCGAUAAUUUGGAUAUAUCGAAAUUGAAUAACCUUAAAUAUAUGGAAUGUUUUUUAAAAGAAACUAUGCGUUUAUAUCCCUCGGUACCGGUUAUAAUGCGAGAAGCUGUACAGGAAACUCAUUUAGCAAAUGGUCUAAUAUUACCAGCAAAUACAUUUAUUUCAAUACAUAUCUUCGAUAUUCAUCGUAAUCCAAAGCAUUUUGAAAAUCCCAAUACAUUUGAUCCGGAUAGAUUUACUCCGGAGAAAUCGGCUGGUCGACAUCCUUAUGCAUUUUCGCCAUUUAGUGCUGGUCAAAGGAAUUGUAUUGGUCAAAAAUUCGCCAUGCUAGAGAUGAAAACACUACUGGUCCAUGUAAUCCACAAAUUCAAAUUGUUACCUUUAGUUGAUCCGGAUAAAUUUGAAUUUAAGACCGGCAUUAUAAUACGUACCAAGGAUGAAGUUAAAGUUAAAUUAGUUAAACGGCAAUAAGUGUAUUAUUUUGUUUAUAUAUUUUUAUUUGUGUUAUUGUUUGUAAAUAAAUUUACAUUAAUUUUAUGAAUUUCUACUAACCUA